AUGAUUAUUAAGGGUAGCAUGGGUCUUUUCAACAAGCCCAUCGUCAUCGACGGUAAAGAUCACCUACUCGGACGUCUUGCCUCGAUCGUCGCGAAGCAGUUGCUUCAAGGCGAGAAGGUCGUCGUCUUGAGAUGCGAGGAAAUCAACAUCUCUGGAAAUUUCCACCGAUCAAAGCUGAAGUACAUGAGCUUCCUUCGCAAGAGAUGUAACAUCAAUCCUGCUCGAGGUGCUUUCCACUACCGAUCACCAGGAAAGAUCUUCUGGAGGACAGUGAGAGGUUAG